AUGAGCGACACGGAAAAAGCGCCGACCGCAGAAACAAUCUCCAAUUCGGAGCUCGCCCUGAUCGUAGACCCGGACGCGGGCUUAUCCGAUGCCGAGCGAGCAGCGAAUGAACGGAGGCUGCUGCGGAAGCUGGACUGGACUCUUGUACCUUGGCUCACCUUACUGUAUCUCGUGUGCUUCCUCGACCGUACAAACAUUGGAAAUGCAAAGGUUGCCGGCCUCGGGAAGGACAUUCCCAUGUCAACAGGCCAAUACAAUGCAUCCCUCACAAUUUUCUUUAUUUCCUAUGCCAUUUUUGAGCCUCUUGCCAACUUUCUGUUGAAGCGUACUCGCCCGGCCAUCUUUAUUCCCAUGAUCAUUAUCGUUUGGGGCGCAUGCAUGCUUGGAAUGGGUUUCGUUAAAAAUUGGUCUGGUCUCAUGGCUGCACGAUGGUUCCUGGGCGCUGCCGAAGCAGGUCUUUUCCCCGGCGUGAAUUACUAUCUCUCAUGCUGGUAUAAGCGCAACGAGUUUGGCGCCCGAGCCGCCAUAUUUUUCUCAGCUGCUGCGUUGGCCGGCUCUUUCGGAGGUCUUCUUGCGGCUGCCAUUGAGAAUUUGGACGGCAAGAGGGGAAUUCCUGGAUGGGCCUGGAUCUUCAUCAUCGAGGGUGCAUUCACCAUGCUUAUCGGCUUCUUCUCCUUCUUCAUGGUAAAGGAUUUCCCUGAUGAGGCCAAGUUCUUGUCCAAAGAGGAUCGCAUGCGUGUCUUGUAUCGACUCAGCCAAGAUCAGCAGAGUUCCGCCGAGCAUGAAACAUUCCAAAUGAAGUACUUCUGGGCAGCCAUCUGGGAUUGGAAGACAUAUGCCGGCAUGCUCCUUUACAUGGGUCCUCUCAUGCCGCUCUACUCAUUCAGUCUGUUCUUGCCUUCCAUCAUCCAAAACAUGAGCUUCACCACCAAAACCGCAGUCGUCAGGAACCAGCUGCUCAGUGUAGCCCCGUACGCCUUGGGCGCUAUAGUCACUGUUGUCGCCGGACUUUGGUCCGAUAAAGUCCAGAAGAGAGCCAUUUUCAACAUUGCCAUUGCCCCGUUUGGCGUCGCUGGCUUUGCCAUGCUGAUAGGAUCGACCAACCCGGGCGUACAAUAUGCCGGCACAUUCUUGGGAGCAGUCGGCAUCUACCCAUGCAUUCCCAUCACCAUUGCCUGGGUCGCCAACAACGUCGAGGGCGUGUACAAGCGCGGAAUUGUCUUGGGUAUAGUCAUCGGAUGGGGCAACUUGAACGGUGUUGUUAGCAGCAACAUCUACUACGACGCGCCUCGUUACAUCCAGGGCCAUGCCACCGUUAUUGGAUACUUGUUCAUCGCCACCUUUUGCGGCAGUAUCCUGACGGCGUGGCUUCUCAACCGAGAGAACCAGAAGCGAUUGAACGGAGAGCGAAACCACUGGAUUGAGGGCAAGACACCGCGAGAGAUUCAAGAGCUGGGCGAUAUGCGUCCUGAUUUCAUGUACGUUCUCUAA